AUGGGUCGCAUCAAGAAGAAGGGCCAGGCCGGCGCGGCCAAGAACUACAUGACACGGACUCAGGCCGUCAAGAAACUCCAGAUCAGCCUGCCCGACUUCCGAAAACUGUGCAUCUGGAAGGGCAUCUACCCGCGCGAGCCCAGGAACAAGAAGAAGGUCUCCAAAGGCGCCUCUGCUGCGUCGACCUUCUACUACACCAAGGACAUCCAGUAUCUGCUCCACGAGCCGCUCCUCGCCAAGUUCCGCGAUCAGAAGGCCCUCGAGAAGAAGAUCUCCAAGGCUCUUGGCCGAGGCGAUGUCUCUGACGCCAAACGCCUGGAGCGCAACGCUGCCAGGCCAGAGAAGACGGGCAAGCCCAGGUAUACCCUCGACCAUGUCAUCCGCGAGCGCUAUCCCACCUUCAUCGACGCCCUGAGGGACCUGGACGACUGCCUCUCCAUGCUCUUCCUCUUUGCCAACCUGCCCUCGACCUCGACCGUGCCCGCCAAGAUGAUUGCCCGCUGCGAGCGACUCUGCCUCGAAUUCCAGCACUACCUGAUUGUCUCCCACAGUCUGCGCAAGUCCUUCCUGUCAAUCAAGGGCAUUUAUUACCAGGCAAACAUCCAGGGCGAAGAUAUCCUCUGGCUUGUUCCCUACAAGUUCAACCAGAGGGUCGUGGGCGACAUCGACUUCCGCAUUAUGGGCACCUUUGUCGAGUUUUACAUGACCCUACUUGGCUUCAUCAACUUCCGUCUCUACACCUCUAUCGGUCUCAAGUACCCGCCCAAGUUUGAUCAGACCAAGGAUGAGCAGGCUGGUGAGCUCGGCGCGUUCACGCUCGAGGGUGUGAACCUGGUCGCCAAGGACAACGAGACCAAGGCGCUGACCAACGGCGCUGCGGAGCACGGCCCCGACCCCAAGGUGCAGGCCGAAGUCAACAAGCUGGUCAAAGAAUUGAAGAGCGCCGAGGCGGCGACCGAGUCCAAGCCUACCGAGGCGGAUGCCGACGAGGAGCAAGCAACCGAAACGAUCGACAAGUUCGAGGUCGCUGUCGCGGGCGGUGACGUGCUUCCCCAGCCCACCUACAGCUCGAAUGACAGUGCUUCGCUGUUCUCAAAAUGCACCUUCUUCCUCUCCCGAGAGACGCCCCGUCAGCCUCUGGAAUUCAUCCUGAAGGCCUUUGGCUGCAAGCGUGUGGGCUGGGACUCGGUUCUCGGCGAGGGUGCUUUCACGCACGAUGAGAGCGACCCCACCAUCACCCACCAGAUCGUCGACCGGCCUGUCAUCCAAGCCGCCAUGGAGGCAAACGGCGAUGGCGAGGACAACCAGACUUCACAAAAGCUCGGCCCCAACCAGCGGGUGCCCGGCAGGAUAUACGUCCAGCCGCAGUGGGUGUGGGACAGUGCCAACGAUGAGGAGCUCAAGAGCCCUGACCUGUAUGCGCCGGGUGCUCAGCUCCCGCCCCACCUGAGCCCCUUUGUCAAGAGUGUCCAGGGCCAAUACGACCCGACUAUCCCUCUGGAGGAGCAGGAAACCGAGGCUGAGGCGCUCAACGCUGACAGCGACAUGGAGGAGGAUGAGGAGCCAGCCGACGAGGAUGAUCUUGCAGUCAAGGCUAUUGAGGACGGUGGCAUGGACAUCGCCGAGACCGAUGAGGACGAGGACGAGGACGACAAUGGCUCGUUUGGCGGCUUCUCCGAGGGCGAAGAGGACCCCGAGGACAACUCGGAUGACGAGGCCCUUCAGAGGCAGCGCGAGCUGGAGGCCGAGCUCACAGGCAAGCCAGUCAAGGGCAAGGAGCAGGAUGCCAAGAGCAAGGCCAAGGCCGAGGCCAAGAAGGCGCUGGCAAAGAGGAACAAGGAGGAAGAGGAAGAGCUGGAGCGGGCCAAGGGCAUGCUGCCCAAGAAGAAGAGGAAGCUGUACGAGCAGAUGAUCUACACCAACAAGAAGAAGAGCGCCGAGGACGAGAAGCUGCGGUCCAAGAGGAGGAAGUUGGAGAAGCAGCUGGGCAAGGGUGCCGCUUAG